AUGGCGUCGCUUGGCCCUGAGGACCGCCGCACGGGCAACGACGGCCGGACCACGGCGUCUCGCAUGGCCAAGGCGCCGGUAACGGGCGGUGCCAAGCUGCACCCGGCGCACCAGCGGCUCGCGCCGACGAAGAGCAGCAUUCCGCGCCCGUACUUCUUAAACUACCAGGGCCAAGGCGCCGCGGCGCCGCCGCCCGAGUCUGGCUGGCACCCGACCGUGCAGCACAACUUUCGUGGCAUUGCACACGAUUCGCCAUUGUACGCGCGAAAACCUACGGCCGUCGCCCAGACCCGCGCCUUCUUUGGUGACGACGAGUCGCCGCCGCGCGCGUCCAACGGCGCGACCUUGCCGCCGUCGUCGCGCGCCUUGACGACGAACGAUCUCUCGACGACCGUGGACCAGGCUGCUUUGGCAUCGGCGGUCGACGACGGUGACAUUUUGCUGACAAGCGGGCCGAUGCUGCCGCGCGGCCGCACGCUGCCACCGGCGCUGAAUACGAGCGACCUCGACUCGCCAAUGGCCUCGUCGACGGCCUCGACUGCCUCGACGGGGCCGCGGGCGCCCAAGACGCCGUCCGGCGCUGUCGGCGACGACGGUCUCACAGCGUCGCAAAAGGUCCGCAUCGGUCUCUCGGGGUUGCUCCUGACGUCGGAAGCCUUUCGCAACUCGACAGGCAUCAACACGAGCGGGCGAUCCUUGCGUGAUGCGAGCCCUGGGCGGACGCGUGCGCUCAACUUGAGCUCGGCGCCCAUCAGUCCCGCGAGCAGCCGAACGUCGAGCCAGGGCUCGUCCCGCUCAGUGCGCACCGAGGCAUUAGUCGCCAAGCUUAUUCCUACCAAGAACAGCGUGCAGGGCCUCAUUGGGUACAUCAAGGAGCUGCAGUCGUCCGAAGCGUCGUUGCGGACGCACUUGGACACGAUCAAAACCAAGGCCCAGGAAGACCUCGCGGCCUCGUACGGCAAAGUCAACAACCUCGAGUCGAGCAUGCGCGUCAUCGAGAACGAGCGACUGCGCAACGCGAUGGAGCUCGAGCGCAAGGCGCGCGAGAUUGACGCGCUCCAAGAAAAGAUCCGCGCGCUGCGGAAAGCCAUGGAGGGGCAGAUCCCGGCGACGAUGCUGAGCCAGCUCACGCCGCUCGACUCGCCCGAGACGGGUGCGGCCUUUGAUGGCUUUACGUUUGAAGCGUCGCCCACGAACGCGACGACCGACGGCGGUCUCACGAGACCAAGUGCUUUGUCUGGUCCACCAAGCCCCAUGACGCAAUCGCCCAAGGUGGUGCUCGAGGCGUUCGCACCAACGCAGCCGCCGGCACCGUUUGUCAUGACGAGCGACGCAUUUGCGCAAGACCCGCCGGUGGUGCUGAGUGCACAGACGUCGCCGAGGUCGCCGAGCGAAGACGUCGCCCGCGCCUUGACGUCGUGCUUGCUGCACACCCAGUCGUCGCCGAGGCACAAGCCGGCGCCGGUCACACCGACCAUCGAGUAUCCCGCCGCGCCCAUAUUGUCGCUGCCCCCGGUUGCUCCACUGUCGCGUUCUGCGCCCGUUGUGCCGCCUGCCGUCGUUGCAAACGCGGGUUCGCAGGUGGCCCGCCCGCCGUUGCACCCGUCGUCCACGUCCCCAACCAACAAUGCGCCCCCGACAGUGAGAAGUAGCACGGCGAGGUCGCCGCCGACGUCGCCGUCUGCUGGGGAAGGUCAGACGCUCACGACACUGCUCACGGACUUCUACAAGUCACACCAGCCCGACAAGCUCAAGGACGUCAAGCACAUUGUCAAAACGUAUACGGGCAAGGAGCGCGACUUGCUCCAACUCCUGCAAGUCAAGUACGGCGCCCGAAGCAUCCAAAAGCUAGCAGCCGGGCUCGCAAUCGUUCCACUCCCCCGAGGCGCAGCGCCAUUGUCGACGCGCCAAACAGGAACAAAGUCGUGGUUUCCAAUCCGGUUGCUCGCAGUAGCGUCGGUCGGAAGCUGUCUCGGACUCGUGUGGUGCGGUGCAGCAUCGCACCUCGACUGUACGUCGAUGGCCCCUGUCUCACCCGCCUACUGCGCGCGCUGGACGCAAGCCACCGAUGAUUUCUGGGCCCGCACCGACACGGACACGGCGUGGGAAGUGCUGGCACUCCUCCCCGCCGCUCACGACACGGUGGCCGCCGUCACGAGCGACAUUUGGGGCAACACGGUCGAUCGUAGCGCGCGGGCGUGGCGCCACGUGCAGUCGAUGGACGUGCCCAGCAUGACGACGGCGCUUCAGGACGGCGCGCAGGCGUUCCAGGCGCUCCUUACCGAGUCGGGUCCAGCACAAUGCAAAAAGAAGAGCGGCCUCCCCGAGACGCUGGUCGUUCCCGGCGGUGCCACGUUGCAGCGCGCGUCGACGGACCCCGUGGUGUUCGCCGUCCACGCAGCGCUCAACGAGGUCGACACGCUCGCUGCGCGCGAGAUGCAGUGGCUAUAA